GAUGACCAGCAGUAUAAAAUGGAAACUACAGGCCAACUCUUCUUCGGCACGACAGACUACAUCCUGUUGGCGGCCAUGUUGUCUGUGUCUAUGGGCAUUGGAGUCUUCUUCGCGUUCUAUGGAAGAAAGAGGCAAACCAAGAUCGACUACCUGCUGGGCAGCCGGCGGAUGGGCGCCAUCCCCGUGUGCAUGUCCGUGUUCGCCACCUUCCAGUCGGCCAUCUCCCUGCUGGGGACGCCGGCCGAGGUCUACACCUACGGCACCAUGACCUUCUACUCCGUGGCUGGCCCGGUGCUCUCCUACGUGGCCUGUCUCUUCACGGCCAUCCCGCUCUUCUACCCUCUCAAGCUGACCAGCGUCAACGAGUAUUUAGAAAGACGAUAUAAUUCAAGGUUUAUCCGGUUACUUGGCACAGUGACAGGCAUCGCUGCUACAGUGACGUAUAUGUCGAUAGCCCUGUUAUCACCUGGUCUGGCACUACAAACAGCUGUCGGCUUACCUCUGUGGCUCUCUCUGGUAGUGAUUGGAUCUGUAGGCACGUUGUAUACAGCUAUAGGCGGAAUCAAAAGCGUGAUAUGGACGGAUGUCUUUCAAACUUUCAUCAUCUUCGGCGGGAUCAUCGUCGUUCUCGUCAAGGGUUGCUUUGAUGUCGGCGGUAUUGAGAAAGUAUUUAACAUCACUGCGGACAAAGGGAGAGUAAUAUUUGAUGAUGUCCGAGUGGACCCACGAGUCCGGCACUCGCUCUGGGGACUGACCGUUGGUUCCUUCUUCUACUGGUCAGCCUCCAACUUCGGCCAGUCUCUGGUCCAGAGAAUCUCCGCCACCAAGUCAGUCCAGCAAGCCAACUUAGUAUUCCUGCUCUGCAUCCCUCUGGCACUGCUGUACAAAGUGGUUCUAGUCCUGACAGGCCUGGUCAUGGUGGCCUACUUUUUUGACCUUCAGUGUGACCCGAUGACCGCAGGCUACGUGAAGAACUCCAAUCAGAUGAUGCCCUACUUUGUUAUGCACAGCUUAAGCUUCUUGCCUGGCUUACCUGGACUGUACAUAGCCACAAUAUUUUCUGGUGCCUUAAGCACCCUCUCCUCUGGCAUCAACUCUCUGGCUGCCAACACUGUGGAAGACCUGCUGGGCUCAGUGCUCACCCACAGGAAGGAAUCUACGACAACAGCAGUGACGAAAUGUAUUGUGGUUUUCUACGGGGCGGUUAUAAUAGGUCUGGCUUACCUGGCCCGGAUAUUCACAGGCCCAGUUACACAGAUCACAUAUUCAGCUUUGGGGGCCACGAGUGGCCCAGUUAUGGGCUUGUUUGCACUCGGGGCCACCUUCCCACAGGCCAACAAAGUGGGCGCCGUGGUAGGUGUAUUCACUGGGCUGGUGAUAAGUAUGUGGAUCACCAUCGGCUCUUUUCUGUACGGUGCCAGAGCACCCGUGCUGGGCCGCGGCUCCACGGCUCUAUGUACACCUGUCAACGGCUCCGAUAUUCUCUAUAGUGACGUAUCCGGUUAUGGGAACAUGACGUCAGUUCCGUGGACAAACAUCACCACACUGUCGCCCUCCUUCAUGACCACUAAACACAUACCAAGCCAAAUAAAGACAGAUUUCUCCUUCUACGAUCUAUCAUACCUGUGGACACCCAUGAUUGGGUCUUUAAUAACCGUCGCUUGUGGAUUAACCGUCAGCAUUAUCUACCGUCACCUAGCAAACGACCAAGACGUUGUGGAACCGAGGCUACUGUUUCCACUGACCAGACGACUGUGGGGGAUACGCGUGCAAGAAGAAACGGUUUCCGGGGUAAAAGAGCUCACGACCUUUAACCCCGGCAAAUUGACGUCUGCUCAAGGCAAAGUGACUCUUGACCCCUCGCCCAGAAAUUUUGAGACAGAACACACCUUGAAGUUAUGAGACCUAAGUUAAUACAUCUCAUUCAAAGACAAUUACAUACAAUUACGGCCAUCAUUAAUUAAUUAGAAACGAAACAAUUUUGAUUAGUUGUGAUACCUAAGUUAAUACAUCUCAUUCAAAGACAAUUACAUACAAUUACGGCCAUCAUUAAUUAAUUAGAAACGAAACAAUUUUGAUUAGUUGUGAUACCUAAGUUAAUACAUCUCAUUCAAAGACAAUUACAUACAAUUACGGCCAUCAUUAAUUAAUUAGAAACGAAACAAUUUUGAUUAGUUGUGAUACCUAAGUUAAUACAUCUCAUUCAAAGACAAUUACAUACAAUUACUGCCAUCAUUAAUUAAUUAGAAACGAAACAAUUUUGAUUAGUUGUGAUACCUAAGUUAAUACAUCUCAUUCAAAGACAAUUACAUACAAUUACGGCCAUCAUUAAUUAAUU